CAGCUGAUUCGUCUGUGUAUUUUAUGUUUAUGAUCUACAACGAGAAAGAUACACGUCGGUUUUUUAAAUUGAAUAAUUGAAUAAUUUAGAACAUUAUCAUUGCUAGGAUGGGACCGCCACCCGUGGUUACCGGAAUAUCACCCAAAGAAGGCCCACCCGGUACUCGGGUGAUAAUGCGCGGAGAGUUUUUAGGAAAUAAAGCUCAAGACCUUAUAGGAUUGACAAUAUGCGGGUGCGAUUGUCUACUUUCGGCCGAAUGGAAGUCGUCGAACAAAAUUAUAGCAAGAUCGGGGCCUUGCAAAGGUCGCGGCGAUAUAAUAGUGACAACCCGAAGCGGAGGGCAGGGAAGCUCGACGGUGCAGUUUCGUGGUUAUCACGAGACUAUAGGUCCAAUGAAGGAGUCGGCCGUGUGGGUAGAGGAAGCUCCUAUGCAGAGUUUGGGCUGGGGUAGAAGGGCAUUGUCGCCGACAAACUAUCAGCAGGAAGAUCCUUUGGGGCUUAGCGUAGAGGGAAAUGAUAAAAAGUUUCCCGAGGAUGAGUUGAUCGAACUUUUUGGAGACGGAAGUGGAGAUCUUACGAGCGAAAAGUUUCACCCAGGAUGGUUUUUAUUGCAGCAUCAUCAUGCCACAACUUUGGAAGAUUUAAAAGCUGGUUUGGCUUACCUUAGAAGAAAAGUCAAUUCCCAAAAGGAAGGACAAUUGUCAUUUUUGAAAGCCAAUGUAGGAGCAGUAAUGGAGCAACUUGAUACAAUAAUGUCGUUAAAGGAUCAAUUUGAAGCAGACAUAAAAAGCUAUGGAAGCGAUCCUACAGAGAAAUUGGAAAAAGCUAUCGGACAGUCUAUGUCAGAAGCUAAUAAAUUAUUCGACGAUGUAUUAGCGAGAAGGGACAGAGCCGAUGCCACUCGUAACGCGCUGGCCGUUAUGCAACGUUACAAAUUUCUCUUUUGUAUGCCGAUAAACAUCGAGAGAAAUAUUAAACGUGGCAACUAUGAUCUCGUAAUUAAUGACUAUGCCAGAGUUAAGAAUCUGUUUAAAAAUACAGAGGUAGAGGUCUUCAAAAAGGUAUUGGAAGAAAUCGACGAUAGAAUCAGUAAUUUUAAAGUGUUAUUACGUAAAAGAUUAGAAGAAAUGUCAUUUAGCUUAGAGGAGCGUAAGAAAAUUAUCAGGAACCUUGUCAAUCUUGACGCCGAAGGUGAUCCGGCAUGGGACGCAAUAGUUUCACAUGCAAAUUAUUUAGAAAAAAGUAUCGUUAAUGCUGUACCCGAGCAUCUGGAUGCAGUUAAUUGCGAGGACGCGAACAAGACGUCCAAAUAUACUCUGUUAAAUAAUAAGCAUUUACGUUCGGAAAAAACUAAUGAAAAUAAUCCACCACCGCAAAUUUCGUGUAUCGAAACAAUUUGCGAUAUCGUGGUCGAACAAUUGCCGGAUCUAUGGAGAUUGGGACAAAGUUAUUUCACAGGGCAGUUACAUGUAGCGGUGGAUGUGGAAAAGCAAGGUCAUUUUAAAAAUUUAGUUUUAUCGAGUAUGCAGCGCGCCAUGGAGGCCAUGAAGAACACCUGCAGUCACGAUGUAGAAGCAAAAUGGCUUUUACAUAUAUUACGUUGCGUUAGACAAAUGUACGCGUCUCUGAUACAUUUGGAUUUGCCCAGCGAAGCUCUCGAUAUUUUCGGAUCAUUUAUAUUGAAUUUAAGGAUACAGUGUUUGAUUGCUCUCUUCAAGCAAGGAGCAGACAAUAUAAUAGCUCUGAGUCGAGAAGAAACUUGGCAGAUAGAAUAUUUGAAUGAGGACGGUGGUGUUACAAAAUUGCCAUAUUUAUUUGAGGAAAUAGUUUUGGAGAUAUCGAAACAUGCGCGUGAAACGGUAGUCGCUUGCGGUCCUAGAGAAGGACCGUUGUUCAAUAAUCCGGCACAUCAGAUUCUUUAUCACAAUACCGUCAAGAUGUUAUUUACAUCGUUCACACGAUGUUUACAACAACUAGCAUUUAGCGGUUGCGAGGAAGCUAUGGAAAACGAUGAAACAUCGGUUUCGCAAUUGAUCGGCUCGCCUUCUGGUUAUAAAAGUAAAAACAAUAAGCACAAAGGACCGACAUGGGAACAAUGCCUCUUAAUCUCGUUAAGCAAUAUACGAUACACGUUAAACGUCGUUUUACCAAGAAUCGAGAACACCUUGAAAACACAAGGUUAUCCCGAAUUAUCCACCGCAGUCGGAUGGAAUUCCGAUUGGACGCAAUUGGAGACGUUGGAUAGCGCCGUUCUGGAUGCGUAUCUGGAACGUCGUUGCGAUCCGCUUGUUGGGACAAUAGAGCCUAGCAUGUAUUUAGGCGGUUUGGAAUGGGACUUUGAUACUGAUCCGACUCAUUUAAAACCAUAUGCCCAAGAAAUAUUGGCGAAUUUAAUCGCAGUACAUGCGGAGGUGCGCAGAGUCGCUCCAGCUCUGUUACACCGAAUUUUAUCCCACAUAAUAGAAACUAUAGCGGAAGAGCUCGCACGACUCAUGUCAUGCGUUACUCAGUUUCGUCCGGCCGGAAUUAUCCAAGCUCGGACAGAUAUAAUACUUUUGAGGAAUGCCCUGCAAGCCUACAGCACGGCUAGAGCAAACAGAAGUUUCUUCGAGGAAGCUUUGGACGCGAUACCUCAGCCCGUAAACAAGGAAGACCGUAUGCGAAUAGAUGCCCUUCUAUCGAAGGUCACAACGUGCAUGCGACUGCAACUAUCCUGUCUUACUAAUGAGGCAACGGAGAAUAUUCGUUACUUGACGGCGAAUCCCGACCGUGUUACUACUGUAUAAUUUGUUUAUGACUACUAACUAGAAUAUCGCUCAGUAAUGCGUGCGCCAACAAUACAAGGAAGACCAUAUUCUCUCGCCACAACAGCGCCAUGGCUUAUAAGACCGCCCAAUUCUGUUACGAUUCCACCUAAUAAUGAAAAGUAUGGACUCCAACCGAUGUCGGUGCAAUGUGUGAUCAAAAUAUCUCCUUGUUGUAUAUUUUUUGCCUCGGACAAAUCCGUUAUCACGCACGCUCUGCCUAGGACAGAACCCUCAGAAACCGAAGUACCUUUAAUCUCUGUACAUCCUUUAAGUGAGGUGUCGAGUGUUCUCUGCAACGAGAUGUUGUACAAAUUAUAAUCUGACGAAUAUAUACUAAUAAUAGAGAUAUAUACAAGAAAA